GGAAUAUCAUUAAAAUGGCGCAUAUACAUCCAAAAUGUAAACAAACAAGCAAAGCCAGAAUUUUUUUUUCAUCAAAUACAGUAAUAAAUAGCUAGUGCCUUGUUGGUGGUAAAGAGAUACUGUUUAAAGUGUAGCUAAGAAACUCGCCUCAUCACACAUUUAGUCAGGAAAAAUCACUAAACAUGGAAUCUCACGCAAUCAAAUGUUUGUCAAAAUCCCACCAUGUAAGUGGUAUGCGAGAGCAAAAUUUAUCAGAAUGACUGGGUUAAGAAGAAAAAGACGAUCAAAACUUACUAUGGUUACAAGUGUUAUUGUUGUUCUUGUCCUUGUCUCUGUUUGUGUUGUUAUUCCUGUUAUUGCUACAAUGUCAAAUCAGUGCCCUAACAAGCAGGUGGUACCUACCAACGAACAUUCUUCUCUGCUUGGUUACUUCAAUAUAACGGACGGGGUUGAUAUUAUAUGGGCACAUGCUGUGAAUAGUAAAGCUGAUCUAUCUGGUGCGUUAUUGGAUGUAAACAUUAUGAUGCUAGAAGCUGAUGUAAUUUUAGAUCCUUCAGACGGCCAACCAAUAAUGGCUCACCCUCCUGCAACAAGCAGUGAUAUUACUUUGAAACAAUGGCUAACCGAAGCACUUGCAACUCCAAAGAAAGGAAUUAAACUUGAUUUUAAGCAAACAAAAGCAAUAUCCCCAUCAUUAGAAAUAUUAGAGGACCUUAUGGAGAAUGUAACUGCUGAUGCGAUGCCGCCCAUACUUUUAAAUGCUGAUAUUAUACCUGGCCCUAAUAACAAUAAAACAACACCUGUUGAUGCAAAUGUUUUUAUAAGGUCUUGUUCUGCGGUUGAAAACGCUGUGUUAUCACCCGGUUGGACAACUAAAUUUGUUGGUAAUGCAUCUGAGGGGUAUUCGUGGGAACAUGUCCAACGUAUAUACAAACUGUUAAAAAACUUGAAGCAGUUCAUCACCUUUCCAAUUCGAGCAUCGCUGGCUUCACUGUCGAAAGAACAGUUAGUAUGGCUUAUCAAUCAAAAUGAACAGAAAUUUACACUGACGGUGUGGACGUCAAAAAAAGAUCAAUUUGACAUUAAGGAGUUGAAAUUUUUAAGAAAUUAUAAAAAGCAAGUUUAUUACGACUUACCUCAGGAAGACAUUGAUAGAUUGAGGACAAUGUGAGAAUUUGUUCUACAUUGCAAAUAAAGGAAAUAUUAACAUGGAAGCCGAGCGUAAUGUGAAAUUUUAUGAUAUAUAUUCACCAAUAUAAUGUAUCAAAUUUGCGAUAUCUAUUUAUAUGAGCCGUUUCCAAGUUACAAAACUAACUUGGGGUAAAUAAGGCAAAGCAGUUGUCAUAAAAGAGCAGUAAAAUUAUUUACAGAAAAACAAAUCAAAAUUUCGCAUUUGACUUUUAGUUUUUCAAUAUCUUUAGGGCAUACAUUUGCUUGGACAAAAAUGUAUUUUGCGACAUAAAAUUAUUGCGGUUUAGUCCUGGUCUAAUUACAUUUUUGCAUGUUUUAUGACUGGAAUAUGGAAAUAAUUAAAAUACAUUUUUUUUGGUUAGAAUUUGCAUGAAAUUGAGUUUGUUUCGCAAUUUGCGACAGAUUAUUUCUUGCGAUACUUAUUUUUUUGCAGUUACUGAACUUUUUGACUAAAUCGCAAUAAUUUAUGGCACAAUUAUUUUUGUCUCCAAUAAUUUAUGACCAUAAAAGAUUUCUUUUUGUAGUAAAUUGACUGACAUUCUCUACAUGUUCUUUUUUAUCUGAUAGUACACUUUUUUGCAGUGUUUAUUUAGUGGUUUUAAAAUAUGGUUCAAAAGACUAAUUCCUUAAAACAUAAUUUUUCAAACUUUGGAAAGAAAAAGUGGUUAUUUGGAAACAAAACAGGACAGGUCCUUCGUUUACGUCAGCAUUUGGGUGGGAUAGGUGAAAACAUGGUGUAAUUUUUGAUUUUUGACUUUUAAAAUUUUUGCUUUUCUACAACUUUAUUUGCGUGUUAUUAAAAUACCUUCCUAUCUCUAUUGUGCUUUCUAGUUGCAUGAAGCCAUAUAAACAUGCGAUCUUAAAUAAAGAUAUUAAUGUUUUUAAAAAAGAUAUUUUAUAACGAAUUAAAAAUUAUAUGUAUACAUGUAUAUGAAUUUCUAGUAUUGUAUCGUUAUAAAUUUUCGUGAAAAAAGUUAAUAUUUCGUAUGUCAGCUGAA